UGUUAAAGACCAACUCUGGGGACAACAUUUUCAAGAAUCAAGAAUUUGGGAACGGAUGGACCUUAUUAGGAAAAAGCCAGAUUAGUGGCUAUGAUAUAAUGGUUAAAUAAUUUGAAGUCUAUAAAGCUGACCUAUAACCAAGUGUGUGUGUGUGUUUAGUGUGUUUUGUGUGUUUUGUGUGUAGCGGCUGGUACUUUGUCCCUGUCGACCUUUGGCCUUCAUCACGCUGGUUUCCUCACCGAUCCUCCUGUGAAACCAGCCACGAUGCUGAGGGGUCUCUCGGGCCGAUGGGGUCUUUUCCUCCUGGCUGCUCUGAUUCCUGGCGUCCAGCUCCAGAGCAGCUACAACUCUGUCUCACCGGCCCCCGGCUCUGAGCAAAAUAACUUCCAUCCGGUCCUGCAGCCCACUGAGGCCACUCCUCAAUUAGGGAAAUACAAGCUGGAAGGUCUGGAUGGGAAAAUAUGUAUCAAAGCCACCAUGGGAGUCGAGUUCAUCGUCAUCGAGAAGAAGACCUGGUACUACAGCCUGGACCCGACCAGGGUCACGACGAGCGGCUACUGCGGCAAAGAAGUUGCUGUUCUCUCUCUCACGCUGCCAGGAAACUCUGCUAGUCUGCAGCUCACCUUCAAAAAGGAAAAUAAAGUUUUCUACAUCACCAAGCUGACGUCUCACCUGUCCCCUCUGCCUGUUUGCCCGAAAUGUGCAAAUAAGACCUUCUCUGGCAUAAUGGACCACGACAAGUUGUUCAAAUCCGAGAACGGUCGCAGCUUCAACUGCAAAUCUGAGAGUUUGCUGUUGAUGUCGUCCGAGCUGAGGAUCAAACUUGUCCCACUGCAGUUUCAGGCCUUCACUCUGCUCAACGGACGCUAUGGAAAAGAGGUGGAGUGCUGGGCUGACUUCAACAAGCGAGUGAUUCCCAUCAUCGUCGGGGCCACAGUGGUGGGCCUCCUCCUCAUCGCUGUGCUGACCUUCCUCCUCAUCAAAGACCGCCGCAGACAAGGCUACGAGGAACUCUGAGAGAUUCACUCCGUCUCAGAGAAUGUUUCACAUGAACUGUCUGUCGAGAAAGUGUUAAAUGUAUUUAUUUGACUACGAGUUAUUAGCUUAUAAAAUAAACAAAUUUAACAUUUUAAUUUUCUCUUUGUAACUUGUCUGAACCUGAAUUUCAGUUUGUUUUAAAUUUCUCUUUACCUUCUGUGAUGACUUUAGUUAACUGGCCGUUGUUUACAUUUUCAGAUUUGUUGUUUUUUUUAAAGUUAUUUAAUAAAAACAGAGACUGAAAAGUAGUUAUCAACUCAGAUGAAUGCUUUCCAGGUGCCUGCUGGUCCUGGAUCUGUUUACC